UAUCAUCACCCAAUACCUUUCUUCUACUCCAACAAAAAUGACUCCUCCACUCAGCCUCCUGUUUUCGGUCCUCAUAGUUGUCACAAUGACACAACUUGUAACAUUUGUUGUGAGUCAACCACAAGUCCCAUGUUACUUCAUAUUUGGAGAUGCAUUGGUCGACAACGGAAAUAACAAUGCACUUCCAACAGUAUCAAAAGCCAACUACCAACCCUACGGGAUUGAUUUCACACAAGGCGUUACUGGUAGAUUCACAAAUGGUCGAACCAUCGCAGACAUCAUUGGUCAACUUCUAGGUUUUGAUAACUUCAUUCCACCCUUCGCUAACGUAAGCAACCAAGAGAUCAGCACAGGCGUAAACUACGGUAGUGCUGGUGCUGGUAUUAGAGAUGAAACUGGAAGACAAUUGGGUGAUCGUUUCACCUUCAAUAGGCAAAUUCUUAAUCAUGCAACAAUAAUCGCUCGCCUUUCUCUCUUACAACGCAACAAGACAUUUACCCAAGAAUACCUUACAAAAUGCAUUUACGUAUCAAUCAUUUGGAAGCGAUGA